CAGAUUGCUACUUAAAUGUUCUGUUUCAGAGAAUAUUUCUUCUUGUGUUGUGAGGGAACAAUCCAGUUGGCUUAUUUACUUUAUACUAUCCAUUAUUUUGUAUUAAUUUUAAUCAGUUAAUAAGAAUGAAUUCAAUUCAGCUCUUCAGGCUGACUUUUUAGUUAUCUUGUGUUAAACUUAAAAUCCACUGUGAACUCCUUCCUCCAUUUCCAAGUCCUUUGCCACCCAAAUGCAUAGUUUGGUGGUAACUAUACAUACACUGCAAACUUGGGAUGUUUCAAACAAUCAGAGGUGAGUUGCAACACUCCUGCUCUUCUGAACUGCUGAGCCAGCUUUUGUAUCUUUGCCAUGCGUGGCCACACACUAGUGCUGUAUAUACACUGAUCAUGCUGACAUCUCCAUUUUCUUACAGACCUUUUCUAGUGUUAAUAAAGACUGAGCUUUAGCAAGGACAGUGGUGUUGACCGUAUGAUGAGUGUACAGUGAAUAGUAAAUUAAUUCACUAUUAAGUUGAAAUGUAGCUAGGAUUUUACUUGAUGUCUCUUCUUGUUAUAUACUAACAAUCACUAGCAAAAGAAUUAUUUAAAAUCUGUAAAGUAUCUUUGCCUUAGCCUCCCCCAGCAAAAACAAAUCAAAAAACAUGGGGCAAAGUAGACUAUGGUACUGCAGUUGUGUUCACACAAACGAAUUGUUUACUUAAAGCCUUAAGAAGGGACUUUUUACAGAAUUGGAUUCACAGGCACUAAAAAUGCCAAACCACUAAAUUUUGCUCAUAAAGAAGUAAACUGUGAUGUUAGGUUAAAUUCCUCUGUCUUUCUCAGUCUUCUAAACAUUUUCUGUGUUUUGGGAACCCGCAGUAAUUUUUAAAUAGGAGUUCUUUACUGUUGAAUUGUUUUUUACCUUUAUACCCUUCUUAAAAGGAAAAAUUGACUUUUCAUGAGUAAAUACAAGUGUUGACACAAGAUGAUGUGGUUUGGGAGUCCCUAGGUUUUUUUGCUAGCAAAUAAUCCAACUAUGCAUAUCUUAAAUAGUUAAUGUCUAGAUCAUAAAAUGCAUGAUGUGGUUAAGUCUAAUCUUUCAUGUAAGCAUCCAGCUGCACUUGCACACUUGUUAAGAGUUCUUUCCAGUUACUUUCAUUAUAAUUGCUUGCUGUUGUGCUGGUCAGAAGCAUGGUUAUAACUUCUAAACUUGAUGUCCUUGGUGGUUAUUAAAUAUACACUUAUGCCAGUGUUGUUCUUCAGCUUAAAUCAAAGAUGCUGAGCCAGUUGGCAGCAAGUGACUGCAAUCAGCCAGAAGAAUCUCCUCCAGCCCAAGAUUAGUUUUUCUGCUACAUGGUGGGGAAUGGGCGGUGAGCCUGGUGGCUCAAGUCGCUGCUGAUCUGCACCACAUGGGCUGCUUUCUCAAGCCAUCCCUGUCGUAUUCCUAGCUACGCCUCUGUCAUUGGACUGAAAUCACACAUCUUGUCUUUUGCAUGAAAUUGGAUUCUGUUGCAUCGUAAAAAUCCAGACAUGUUCCAGAUCACAUGGCACUUCUGUCAUUUUGCAGUAAUGGAACAACCGCAGGAUCCAGUUAUGCAAGAAGAUGAAAAUAUUAAAGCUAUUAAUGAAGAGUACAGGAGAGCCUUUAUUUUUAUCAAUAAAGGACUGAGUACAGAUGAACUGGGUAAGAGGGAAGAGGCAAGACAUUAUUACAAGCAAGGGCUUGAGCACUUGCUCCAAGGAGUUAGCAUUCCAUCGCAGGGUCCUGCAUGUGUAGGGUCCCAGUGGGAGUCUGCCAGGCAAAUGCAACAGAAGAUGAGGGAGACCCUCCGAAACGUUCGUGCUCGACUCGGCAUUCUAGAACAAAACACCCCACCUGCACAAGCAAGUCCUGCUGUGGUGGAUGCCCCUGCUGGGGUGCCCAAGUUGUACCCACCCAUUCCUUCCAAAGAAAAGCCAGAAAGACCCCCUGCCCCUAAUUCUCUGUUUGUACCAAGUCAGCCACCUGCAGCAGAUGGAAGUGUUGCAACUGUGAGCCAGGGGCAGAUUCCAGCUAUGAGUCCACCAUCUGCAACACCUCUUUGUCUGCCAAAUGAAGCACCUCCUGCCUAUACUCCUCAAGCUACCAAUGGCCAUUUUACUGUGUCUUAUGGCACAGACUCUGGGGAGUUUUCUUCUGUAGGUGAGGACUACUACAGUAAGUGUACUCAGCCACCUCCCCUUGAAAACCUGGGAGUGGAUGCAGAUGAGCUGAUCCUGAUUCCCCAAGGAGUACAAAUAUUCUUUGUGACUCCUGAUGGGCAGGUUAGUGCUCCUUCAUAUCCUGGAUAUCUACGCAUUGUGAAGUUCUUGGAUACAGAUAGUGAGACGGUGCAGAGUCGUCCACCUGCAUUUCUUCAGGUUUGUGACUGGUUAUAUCCUCUAAUGUGUAACCAGUCUCCUGUUCUGUGCUGCAAUACUGGAGUCUACAUGUUCCCUGACACGAUGUCCCAGAUGCCAGGGUCCUAUGUGGGAGUAGUGCUGUCUUCAGAACUUCCAGCAGCGGACAGAGAGCUGUUUGAGGAUCUCUUAAAACAGAUGUCUGACCUUCGAAUCCAGGUGCCAGGAUCCCAUGAGAGAGUAGGGUUAUCUUCAGAGCUCCCAGCAACUGAGAGAGUGCAUUUUGAAGAUAAAUUUAAACAGAUGUCUGGCCACAAAGUCCAGCCUUCAGAAGCCUCUAGUGAUGCAGUUAACUUGCCGCAGACUGUACAUAUCCAACCACAACCUGAAGGAGCGGAAAAUCAGUUGCCAGAAUGGAGUGAGAAAGUUGCCCAUGGAAUCUUGUCAGGUGCAUCUUGGGUAAGCUGGGGCCUAAUAAAAGGAGCAGAAUAUACUGGUAAAGCUAUCCACAAAGGAGCUUCUAAACUGCGAGAACACAUUCAACCAGAAGAAAAACCUCUGGAAGUCAACCCAACUGUAGCAAAGGGACUUCAUGUAGCAAAACAGGCUACAGGAGGAGCUGUGAAAGUCAGCCAAUUCUUAGUUGAGGGAGUGUGUUCUAUAGCAAGCUGUGUUGGAAAGGAGCUGGCUCCGCAUGUGAAGAAGCAUGGCAGCAAAUUAGUUCCAGAAUCCCUUAAGAAAGAUAAAGAUGGCAAAUCCACUUUUGACGGUGCUCUGGUGGUAGCAGCAAGUGGAGUUCAAGGGUUUUCAACAGUGUGGCAAGGUUUAGAAAGCGCAGCGAAGUGCAUUGCUAAAAGUGUUUCAACUGAGACUGUAAAAACUGUCAAAUACAAGUAUGGAGAUGACGCUGGCCAUGCCACAGACAACGCUAUGAAUUCUGCCAUCAAUGUUGGUGUGACAGCAUUUAACAUUGACAAUAUUGGUAUCAAAGCUGUUGUAAAGAGAACUGCAAAGGAAACCGGCCAUGCUGUGUUAGAUGAAUAUAAAGUGUUGGAUAAUGAGAAGAAGGAUAAAAAAUGAAAGCAAUGAAAUAUUUCUCAAAGCCUUACAUUAGAGAUGAAACUUCUUAUUUAGAAGUAACUGCAUUGCUAACCUGCGAUUUAACACAAAUCACGCUGUACUUUUCAAGCAACUGUUACUUAAUUUGACAUCAAAAUGUAAAAAUAGGGAGGGCAUUUGUAGAAGGAAAGAUGAAAGUUGUCUUGCCUCCUUGUUCUGUAUUGAACAAGGGUUUUAAACAACUGGAUCAGGACUUCAGACCACUGGAAGGAUAUGAGUUUUUGGUUAAUAAACUUGCCUCUAAGCACUUUCUCAAAAUAUAAUAUGGAAUAAUAGAUUAAUAUAGAAAUACUAUUGUGAAUAUUUUUGUAAUACUUUAUAUUUGUAAAGAAGAUGGUGAUACAGAACAAAUAGGAUUACUAAUUCUGGAACAAGUAGGAUUACUAGUUUUGUUUUUUGACUAUCAUUAAGAGUUAGUUUUAUUAAACCAGCCUUGUCUUAUUUAAUAUGCACUACUAAAAUAAGCUUUGUGUUUCAUUGUUUUGUAGAGAAUUUCCCUUUGCAGCUAGCAAACAGCUAAUCUUAUCCAAAGUUCAUGUUAGAAGAAAUGAAAGAUGAACCUCAGGUGACUAGGUAGUUACUCCCUUUAAAACUUUUUUUUUUCCCCAUCCAGCAUAUAAGCAAACCAAAGAUAUCAAGCAUUUCUUCUAAAAGAGGGUAUUUACAAUUCUAGAAAAAUGUAUUCUCCAUAAGGAAUAUACAAAGAUUCUUUGAAAUUGAGAUUUUUAUUUAGAGAGGGUAUGUUUUUGCAUAAAGUAUUUUUCUGUAAAAACAUUCUGUAGAGGACACUAGGAACUUCUAAGCAUUCUGUACUUUUCAGCCAAUCCAGAAAGAUUCAGUGUAUGUAGCAUGGCCUCCUAGUGGAAGACAAUAUGUAUUUGCUUUAACAAGUAGUUCUAACAGUCAGCAUCUUUAUUCUGUUAAAUUAAUAGUUGCACAAGGUAUGUCUUUAAAGGGUAUGAAGACAAGCCCUUUUAGUGAAGAGAUGUGUGUGGAAUAGAAUAGACACUACUGUGUAGGUUUUUCAUCCUGUUCCUAGUGCAGUGUGAAAUAACUCCACACGUAGAACCCUUGAGAUGCUUUUACACUGCUACUUAUUUAACAGUUCAUUAUUGAGUUUUAAAGCUGCUGCACAUUCUGAUAUUGGCUGGACCUGCAGCAAACAGAACACCAUGUAUUUACAACUUACCUCUGUUUAAUGUAAAUGGAGAAAAUGACUAUAAAUGGUUGUUAGCAAAUGAUACUUGCAUCAGAUUGAAAAAAUACAGUAACAACUAAAGUCUAUUAGAAUGGUCAUAGGUGCCCGUUUUGUGGUAGCUACUGUAGGUGUGUACUUAGGUUGAGAAAUGUGAA